UUAUAUAAAACUAUAGGCGUCGAGUAAAUAUGUCAAAUCGUUAUGGAGAAAAAGACAGAAUUCCUCCAGAAGAGACGUUGCCGGUACCACAAUCAUCGAGAUCAUCGAGAAAAUCGUCAAGAAAAUACCAAAGAUGUGAACAAUGCGAUCAAAAAGGUCAUUCUCUUGACGAAUGUUUGUUGGUAGUUAAAACAAUGAACAGCUACGAAACCGACCGAAGCAAAGCGAAGAUAAAUUUUGAACUCCAUAAAUUCGUGCGUGUGCCAGUCACAACGCUAAGUCCUAUGUGCGAAGACUGCAAGACUCGUCAAACUCAACAAAAAAUGGACGGGAUUGGAGCGGCAGAAAUUUAUGGUGAACGUAAAGAAUGCUCAUGUUUCAAACUGGUAAAAGUUUUACCCAAAACCGAGCCAAUUAAAGAAUUCGGCGAACUCAAUCUCGAUAAACAGGUGCAAUUAAACAUUGUCGGUAAGACUCAGUGUGGCUUCAAAGUGCCCACCCCGAUCCAACGAUAUGCCUUACCCAUUAUUAUCGAAGGAUUUGAUGUAAUGGGCUGUGCUCAAACAGGAACCGGAAAGACUGCAGCAUACCUUAUUCCAAUGAUAAAGUUUGUAAAAGACAAAGGCUUCAAAAAGAAAAGGGUAGGAUGGGAUGAACCUCAGAAGCCAGAAGUUCUGAUAAUCGCUCCUACUCGUGAAUUAGCCCAACAGAUUCACGCUGAUGCAAUAAAGCUC